AUGGCCUCCUUUUUCAACUUUGCGUCGCCCGUCGACGUAGACGUGCGCCUCGACGGCGACGAACAGCGGCGCCAGGUCGAGGUCAAGGUCGACAAGGAUCGAAGAGAGCGCUGCCCCGUCUACUUUGACGGCGAGAGCGUAAAGGGUCAGGUGCACAUUCGCACCCGGGACGGCAAACGUCUGGUCCACGAGGGGAUCAAGAUUGAGUUUGUCGGAUGCAUUGAGCUAUUCUACGACCGAGGCAACCACUACGAGUUUCUCUCUCUCACGCACCAGCUCGCAUCGCCGGGCGAGGUAGCUGCUGGUGGGGGAGGGGCCGUGUAUGACUUUGAGUUCAAGAACGUCGAAAAGGCCUACGAAUCGUACAACGGCAUCAAUGUCAAGCUUCGCUACUUUCUCCGCGUCCUUCUCGGCCGGCGCAUGGCUGAUGUGGCCAAGGAGAAGGACCUCUGGGUUCACUCGUACCGCAUGCCUCCAGACAGCAACAAUCCUAUCAAGAUGGAGGUCGGCAUCGAGGACUGUCUCCACAUCGAAUUCGAAUACAACAAGAGCAAGCGAGUUUCCCCGGGGCGGGUAUACCAUCUGAAGGACGUCAUCGUGGGCAAAAUUUACUUCUUGCUCGUCAGAAUCAAAAUCAAGCACAUGGAGCUCUCCAUCAUUCGAAGAGAGACGACUGGAGCGGCGCCAAAUCAAUACAAUGAGUCCGAGACCAUCACCAAAUUCGAGAUCAUGGAUGGCGCGCCUGUCAGAGGAGAGACAAUUCCCAUUCGCCUCUUUCUUGGCGGCUUUGAGCUGACGCCCACGUUCCGAGACGUCAACAAGAAAUUCAGCACCCGCUACUACCUCAAUCUCGUCCUCAUCGACGAGGAGAAUCGGCGGUACUUCAAGCAAAACGAGAUUACGUGUUUCCGCAUACCCGAGAAUUGAAGAGCAAGACCCCUGCCUCUUCCCUUGAAAGCCUUCCCGUUUCUAGAGAGUGUAAUUGUAUAAGUUGACGCAAGCAGGAGGAUAGCAUGGCAGGGAAAGCACAC